AUGGAGUGGGAUAACCUGUGCUUUCUCCUGGUGCUAGCAGGUCUGCCCACCUUGGAAGCCAAUGAUGCAGUUGAUAAAGACAGUCCCUUCUACUAUGACUGGGAGAGCCUGCAACUGGGAGGAAUGAUCUUUGCGGGGCUCCUGUGCAUCGCUGGAAUCGCCAUGGCCCUGAGUGGCAAGUGCAAAUGUAGGCGCAAUCAUAUGGCCAGUUCCUUGCCUGGGAAAGGCACUCCACUCAUCACUCCAGGCUCUGCCAGUACCUGCUGAUCUGAACACAGAACCAAGUUGGAAGGCAGCUUUUUGACAGUGUCCUGUUGUUAUCUCCCCUCUGGAGACCUUCCUCUCCAGGAUGGCUUCCCUAGAGCACACUGUUAAGUCCUCAGAGACAGGGAAGGAAAGGUGUUCCAAAGCUGACUUAAUAUUAAACUGGUCUUGCUGUUCUGUUCUGUGGUCCUGUGACCCCUCUGUGAUGUGUGGGGAGAGUAAAGAUGUGGGGAUGCCUGACGA